AUGUCGACCCAUCCAACCACCACCACCACCAACACCGUUGGCCACCACAAACAACAAGUACUCACCUCUGCCGAUUUCAUUUAUGAUGCUCAUCCCAUCUUGUUCUAUGUAAAGAUGAAUUUUGAUUUUGAGGGUCAGAGAGAAAGAGAGCUUAAACUUCAUCAAGGAGAUAUUGUUGGAGUUACAAAAGACAAUGUUCAAGGCUGGAGUGUUGGAAAGUUUAAUUCCAAAAUCGGACUCUUUCCAACUGCAUUUGCCUCUCCUGUUCAGUGCGGUGCUGAUGGCGCAGUCUCUGUUUUGAUGCGAGUGUGGAGAGGAUAUAAAUUUAAAAAAGGACUCGAAAGAAAAAAUAGAGUGAGAGAAAUUAUUUGUAUCAUUAAUGAACUGAUUGAAACUGAAAAGAAUUAUUUGUACUUUUUAGAUGUACUUGAUACUUUAUACAUUCAAGUGUUUGAAAGUAGAUUGGAAGCAAAGAAGCCACUGAUUUCUCAAGAGGAAAUCAAAAAAGUAUUUGGAAAUGUGCGUCAAAUUAGAAAUUUAACGAAAAUAUUGCUCAACGAGGUUCAAAAACAGAAGAACGAAAAUAGGAAUAGUGGAAACAUUCCUAAAAUUCUCGAUGUGUUUGUAAAGCAUCUUCCCUUUCUUAACUUUUACAGUGACUAUGUCAAAGGUUAUGACUUGGCUGUUGAAAUAGUCAAUGAGAUAUGUAAAAAGAAUAAGGAAUUUGAUAAACUUCUUAAACAAAGUAGAGAUGAUCCUCUAUCCAAAGGACUUGGACUUCGUGAUUUGCUCCCCAAACCAAUGCAACGUAUUUUUGGAUACAAGAAUUUGUUUGAUCGCCUGGUUAAAAUAACUCCCUCUGAUUCUGUAAUUUAUUUGAAAGUGAGAUCAUUGGCAGAAAAUAUGGAAAAAAUUGUUUCGAAAAUUAAUGAGAGCAAACGACACUAUGAAACCUCUCAAAAGGUGGCCUCACAAUUCAGUAGCUUAUUAAAAUCAUGGAGAAAGUUUAUGAAAGAAGGAAGAAUUAAAAUUCAGCACCACAAUGAGAAGGGAGAGGAGUGGGCUGAUUGUUACUUAGCAUCGGAUAUAUUUGCAUAUACUUCGAAUGGAAAGAAGGAUAUUGUGAUCUUGCCAUUAAUCUUUUCUUCAGUGAUUGAAAAUUUUGGUAAGUAA